AUGCUCCCCUCCCUCUUCCUCCUCGCUACAUCAGCCUUCACAGCCCUAGCAACCCCCCUCUCCACCAACACUCCCCGCGACGAAGGAACCGACCUCCUAAUCCAAGAUCUCCGCCGUCUGGACGCCGCAAUCAACACCCUCACCCUCGCAGCAGAAACCUACAAUGGCGGCGUGGCAGAAUACGCCUUCAUUCGGGAAUCCUUCGCGGAGGUGAAUCGGACGAAUCGAAUUGCUUACUAUGAUGCUAUGACGAUUAAACCUCAAUCAAUCCCCGACUCCAACCGCAUAAUCCAAAUCGUAGCCUCCCCAAUCCAACCCGACAUAACCCGCACAGUCAACGCCCUCAUCGCCAAAAAACCCCUCAUCGACACCGCAGGCUUCACCUCCGAAACCGCCUCUUCAUUGAAUUUGAUUUCUUACGAUCAUGAUACUUUGAGUUUGAUCGCCGUGGCGCCGAAAUUAAAUCUCUUGACCGUUCCUGCGGCGGCGGAACCUGUGGCUGCUAUUGAUGCGGAUUGGAGGAGGGGGGUGGUGGCUUUUGGGGGGGUGCCUUUGGCGCCUAUUACUAUGUGA